AAUCUCAUCAAAAUAACAAAAAUAAUAAAAAAGAGGUUUAAACUCUUUAGUAAUUAAGCAACCAAAAUUGGAGCUCACUCUCCAAUCUCAGAUCACCAAUUGAUAUCAUCAUCACUCAUCUUCUUCCCCAAAUCUCACAUUCAAAUCCCUAAUAUUUUCAAUUCAUCACAUUUCAUCUCCAAUUUAGGUUUAAUGUGUUACUAAUUCCUGCAAUUUUUGGAGUUUUUCUCUCUCCUCGGAAUUCAAUUCAACAAUGAGAGCUUCAUCGGAGAAUCACUCGGCGGCGAUGGCGUCAGGAGCAGGUUUUCGUGAAGCAGAAACGCUGUUUCGCGCGAAACCAGUUUCGGAGAUUCGAAACGUGGAAAUGAACACGAGGAAACAGAUCGAAGACAAGAAAGAAGAGCUUCGUCAGCUGAUCGGAAAUCGUUACAGAGAUUUGAUUGAUUCAGCUGAUUCAAUUUUAUUGAUGAAAUCUUCAUGUGAGUCGAUUUCUUCUAAUAUUUCAUCGAUCUCUGAUUCUAUACAUUCUCUCUCAUCUGCCGUGAGCCCUAAGUUAUCGUCUAACCCUAACCCUAAUCGGUUUAAAAUUUACGGCAUUGCGAGUAGGGUGAAGUAUUUAGUUGAUACGCCGGAGAAUAUUUGGGGAUGUUUGGAUGAAUUUAUGUUUUUGGAGUCUAGUGCUAGGUAUGUUAGGGCGAAAUUGGUGUAUCAAGGGUUGAAUUUGGUGGGACAUGAUGGAGGGAUGAUUUUGAAUAAGAAUUUUCCAUUGUUGAAUCAUCAGUGGCAGAUUGUUGAGAGUUUUAAGGCUCAGAUUUCGCAGCGGAGUCGAGAGAGGUUGUUGGUGAUGUUGGAUAAGGAGGAGAGUGAUGUUUGGAAGUUACCAAUUGGGGCAUUUGCUGAUGCUCUUGCUGGAGUUGCGAUUAUCGAUGAACUCGAUCCGGAGCUGGCUUUUGGGUUGUUUUUGGACUCUAGGAAGAGUUGGAUUUUGCAGAAGUUGAGUAAUUUUGAUGAUAAUGCUGUGGUUCCUGUGCUUUGUGAGGUGACAAGAAUAAUUCAGGUGACGAUAGCGCAUGUUGGGGAGAUGUUUUUGCAAGUUUUGAAUGAUAUGCCUUUGUUUUAUAAGGUGAUUUUGGAGUCGCCACCUGCUGCGCAGUUGUUUGGUGGGAUUCUUAAUCCAGAUGAAGAGGUGAGGCUGUGGAGUGAGUUUAGGGAUAAGGUGGAAUCAAUCAUGGUGAUUCUUGAUCGGGAGUUUAUUGCAAAGGCGUGUUCUAGAUGGCUGAGGGAGUGUGGGAGAGAGAUUGUGAAGAAGAUUGAUGGGAGGUGUCUCAUUGAUGUGAUCCCAAAUGGAGCAGAACUCGCUUCGGCUGAGAAGCUCAUACGGGAGACUAUGGAGAGUAAAGAUGUGUUUGAAGGGAGCUUGGAGUGGCUGAAGAGCGUAUUUGGUUCUGAUAUUGAGCUUCCUUGGAGCAGGACUAGGGAACUUGUCUUGGAGGAGAAUGUCGACCUCUGGGAUGAGAUUUUUGAGGAUGCUUUUGUUUCGAGGAUGAAAGUUAUCAUUGAGUCAGCGUUCAGAAAUUUGACUGGGGCUGUAAACGUCUCAGACUCAAUUCGGGCGGUUGGAGGCAAUUUUGAUGAUAAGAGUGACUUUGGAGCAUAUUUAAACAGAGCCUCCGCUGAUGGCGGGGUUUGGUUUAUUGAGCCUAAUGUUAGAAAGGGAGGUAUUGUCCCUGGCAUAAAGGCCUUACACGAGGAGUUUGACUUUGGCAGUUGUUUAAGUGCGUAUUUUGGGCCAGAGGCUAGCCAAAUUAGGGAUGCAGUAGAUAGCUGUUGCUAUAAUGUGCUGGAGGACUUGCUAUAUUUUUUAGAAUCUCCAAAAGCACCUUUGAGGUUGAAAGACCUGGCACCAUAUUUGCAAAAUAAAUGCUAUGAGAGCUUGUCCACUAUCCUGACAGAUUUAACGAAUGAACUCGAGAAUUUGCGUGCUGCCCUUGACAAUGUCAAGAAGGGAGGCAAGUUUCCGCCACCAGCUGCAAUUGUUGAGAGAUCACUUUUUAUUGGAAGGCUGCUGUUUGCCUUUCGAAACCACUCAAAGCACAUCCCAGUGGUUUUAGGCUCGCCUAGAGUUUGGGUGAAUGAAAUUGUUGCUUCAGGUUCAGAGACAUUACCUUCAUCAUCAAGGUACUCUAGGUUCUUUGUGGACUCUUCAACACCUGAUAGCCCAAAGCCAUUGUUAAACAACUCUAAGAGACAAAUGUCGCUUGCUGCUAAUGCUCUCUUUGGAGUAAAUGAUACUACAAGCCCAAAACUUGGUGAACUUACAAGCAGCAUGAGAGAUCUCUCUAUUGCAGCUCAUGGUUUGUGGAUUUCAUGGGUAUCUGAUGAGCUCGCAAAUGUCCUCUCUGAAGAUCUCAGAGUGGAUGAUGCGUUAUCAGCUGCAAACCCUUUGCGUGGCUGGGAGCAGGUAGUAGUUAAGCAAGAUCAAUCAAGUGAAAGUGAUUCAGAGAUGAAGAUAUUGCUUCCAUCCAUGCCUUCUUUGUAUAUUUGUUCCUUUUUAUUUAGAGCAUGUGAAGAAGCUCAUCGUAUUGGAGGCCAUGUUCUAGACAAAACUAUUCUGCAGCGAUUUGCAAAGAGACUACUGGAAAAGGUGAUUGGAAUUUACGAUGACCUUGACACUAGUGGAGUGCAAACUUCAGAAAAAGGAAUCUUACAAGUUCUGUUAGAUUUGAGAUUUGCUGCUGAUGUUCUUUCUGGAUAUGAUUCCACUGUGAGUGAGGGAUUAUCGAAAAGUCCAUCAACAAAGUUUAACUACAGGAGGAAGCAGGAUAGGAGCACAACCAAGUCAGCUACUAGAGAGCGAAUUGAUGAUCUAAUCAACCGCUUCUCGCAGAGGCUGGAUCCAAUCGAUUGGCAAACAUUUGAACCAUACCUUUGGGAAAAUGAGAAGCAGUCUUAUUUGAGACAUGCAAUCCUCUUUGGUUUCUUUGUUCAACUUAAUCGCAUGUAUACAGACACUGUUCAGAAACUUCCAACUAAUUCAGAGUCAAAUAUAAUGAGAUGCUCCACCGUUCCAAGAUUCAAAUACCUUCCCAUCAGUGCACCUGCGUUGUCUUCUAGGGCUGUUGCCAAGGCACCAAUUCGGACUUCUUCUGAUGACGUAUCAUCAAGAAGUCCGUGGAAAGCUUAUACGAAUGGAGAGUUUUCUCCAAAGGCUUCUUUGGAUGACAAUUCAAGUUUUGGUGUGGCAGCCCCAUUUCUAAAGUCCUUCAUGCAGGUUGGGAGUAGAUUUGGAGAGGGAACAUUUAAAUUGGGUUCAAUGCUAACGGAUACGCGGUUCAAGGAUAAAUCAGCUGCUUCCAUGUCAUUUGGUGAUAUUCUACCUGUCCAAGCUGCAGGCCUCUUAUCAUCAUUUACAGCCACCAGAUCUGACUCUUAAAUGAUCAUAGUGAAUCACGAGUCAUAUCUCUUACAUCUCUUACCAAAUGUCAUACAUUUUCAGAGAACCUUAUGUCUAUUUGAGAUCCGGCCAAGUCUUUUAGGAUUGGUAUUAAAAGUUGGUCUCAAUUUGCAAGUAUCACAUGACCAUGUGUAGAUAACGUCCAUUACAUAUUGGGCGGAACGAAUAUGUGAGUUGGUUUUGCUCCGCUUACUAUGGACUGUAUGCUCCGUUUACUGUGGACUGUCUGCUCCAUAUUGGAGUGUUGGAUCCUACCAGUCCUUGUACCGGUUGAUGUCAUCGAGCAAGCAUGUGGAUAUUUACUUUCAAUGCCAGCAUCCAAGUUAAGCCCAGAUUGUAUGGUGUUCUUCCUCCCUCCCCUGAACACAUAUGCUGCUAGCCUAGUAGGCGUUUUGGGAAGGCAACAAUUGUAUACCAAAAGAGAAAUAUAGUCUGAUGUAAUGUUAUAGUUCUAUAGAAAAUUUAUUCGUUAAUUUGGUGGGAGUAUUUCAUUUUUGAAUCAAAGUUGCAUGGUUGUACAUUAAACAGCACGAAUGUAGUAUAGUCAGUCAUUAUAUGUCUUUGGUUUUUGUAA